GGGGAACAAAAGUCUCCCGGUAUUAUUCCACUAGCAGUGAAGGAUGUCUUUGGCAUUAUACAAGAGACACCUGGGCGGGAGUUUCUCCUUCGCGUAUCCUAUCUUGAAAUAUACAAUGAGGUCAUCAAUGAUUUGCUUGAUCCAACAGGGCAGAAUCUAAGGGUACGAGAAGACGGGCAGGGGACGUAUGUUGAAGGAAUCAAGGAGGAAGUUGUUCUGUCCCCUGCUCAUGCACUUUCCUUAAUAGCAUCUGGGGAAGAGCACAGACAUGUGGGUUCCAACAACUUUAAUUUACUGAGCAGUCGGAGCCAUACAAUAUUUACUUUGACAAUUGAAAGCAGUUCACGAGGAGGAAAUCAGGGGGAAGAAGUAGCUCUGUCGCAACUGCAUCUGAUUGAUUUGGCAGGCUCUGAAAGUUCCAAGACUGAGACAACUGGGUUAAGAAGGAAAGAAGGUUCAUUCAUAAACAAGAGCUUACUCACUCUUGGCACUGUUAUAUCUAAACUAACAGAUGAAAAAUCUACUCAUAUCCCAUAUCGAGAUUCAAAGCUUACACGUCUGUUGCAGUCAUCACUCAGUGGACAUGGUCUAGUUUCUCUCAUUUGCACGGUAACACCAGCCUCCAGCAACACAGAGGAGACGCACAACACCUUGAAAUUUGCACAUCGAACUAAGCAUGUGGAAAUAAAAGCAUCACAGAAUAAGAUUAUAGACGAGAAGUCUCUCAUCAAAAAGUAUCAGAGAGAAAUAUCCUGUUUGAAACAAGAGCUUGAUCUUCUGAAGCGUGGCAUUAUGGAAAAUCAGAAAGUGGGACCCAGUCAAGAUGAUCUGGUUAAUCUGAAGCUCCAGUUAGAGGCUGGGCAGGUGAAGUUACAAUCACGAUUGGAAGAGGAGGAACAAGCGAAAGCAGCAUUGAUGGGAAGGAUUCAAAGAUUAACUAAACUAAUCUUAGUUUCUACAAAAAGUACAAUGCAACCUGAUAUCCAUGAAAAGCCUGGCCAUAGACGCAGACAUUCUUUUGGAGAAGAUGAGCUGGCUUACUUACCGGAUAGAAAACGAGAAUACAUGAUAGAUGAGGAUGCUGGAAGCAUUGACUCCGAACUAUCAGCCGAUGGAAGAGAGGGUGUCACAAACCUUGAUGAAUUGGUCAAAGAUUUU